AACAAACAGUACUUUGGAAUUUUCGCGAAACUCGUAAAAAUGUUAUCAUUUUAUUAGACUACAACAUAAUUAAUAAUUUAAAUUCAAAAUGCGCAUCUCAAAAAUGCAUUCUUCAGUUUUCAAGAAGAGGAAACCGAAAGAUUCUUUUGAGCCUCAGCCCAAAGCAAAACCUGUCGAUACUUCUCCGAUAAAGCCAAAAGUUAGGUCCAGUCCUGUUCAUCUCAAAGCAGAACCGUCCCAACCGGAAGGCGAUUCCGAUCUGAAACAAUGCAGCUUUUGUCUCAAGCUUACUCCUGAGGAAGAAACGCUCACAUUCUCCGACAGUGAUCGGUUGCAGGAAUUUCGCAACAAGGUAGAAUAUGUUUUGUCAGAACCACUACGAGUAAUGGAACCAAUGAGCUGCCAAAGCUGUCACCAUAUGCUUGAAGCAUUUGAACAAUUUAAAAAGUCCUGUCUGGAUGCGUUGGCUCAGAUUGAGAGCCGUUUGGAUUCGGAUUUGGAUAACGAUACCAAAGCGUUCGCUUCUGUGGACAAAUAUGAAGUGAGCCGUAACUUGUCGGCGGAAGUGGAAGUUACUGAAAAUCAUGAUUCAUAUACAGGAGAGUCGUCAGAAAACAGAGACCAAGUGUCCUAUUCUGAGGAGGAAUAUUUAGAGCAGGAGGAUGAGAAGCCGAUUGAAGAAAGAGUUCGUAAAAGUCCCAGUAAAAAGAAAAAGUUGGAGUGUUCACUAUGUUCGGCAACAUUCCUGCGACCGGAAAAUUUGAGACAUCACGAAAACAUGCACAAGGGUAUUAAGUCAGUUCCUUGUCGGAGGCAGGAUUGCAAGAAAUUGUUCUUCGAUACCGGUUCCCGGGCAAGGCAUGAGCAGUAUUGCCAGCGUGCUUAUCUCAGGAUAUGCAGCGUCUGCGGCCAGACGUUGACGGCCGAUGGAUCCUACCGAUUGCAUAUGUCCAAACACAAAGGGUUGGAGUUUUCGUGCGACAUUUGCAAGAAAAAAUUUGCAGCCAAGCCUAAUCUAAUAAAGCAUGCCAAAGUUCACACCGACGAACGGAACCACGAAUGUAAGGUUUGCGGCAAGAAAUUUAAAUCGAGCUACGCAAACCGAGUACAUCAGCGGAUCCACACCCAAGAGAAACCGUACGAAUGUAACAUUUGUGGUGAAAAGUUCACGUACAACUGUGGAUUGAAGAAUCAUUUGGCCAAAGGACAUUCUUAAGCUUCGCUCUCCUGCAGCAAGAAAAAGGUUUGGAAAGUU